CAAUGCCCCGUGUUGUUCCUGCUGAAGCAUCGUGGGGGCCGUGUGGGCGUGAGCGCCGCAGACAUUUAUGACAAUUAUAAGUGAGGAGAGAAAAGGCAUUGUGGGUCUGGAAUGCCGCUCUGUCUUCUCCUGCUUGCUGUCUGAACCUGACGUCUUCAGCCAACGAUCUCCUCUGAGGGGACGCCUUCAGACCCCCAGACUGGGAGGAGGAGCUUGCUCCUGGAAGGGGGAAUGAGGAGCACCUGUUUUGAGGAGCUGACCAGCAGCUGGAAAAAGAAGAAAGGAAUGUUUAGAGCCAAAUAAGGAAGUGGAUCAGGAGGAGGCUGACAGGUGGAGGUGAGAGGAGUUAUCACCCCCCCAUCCCACGUGAGAACAGCUGGAGGAGACCUGACUCCCGGCAGACACGCAGAAGAACCUCAGCCGGGCUCGGCGCUCCUCAAACCGCUCGUCCUGUUGUGACGGGAAUGCUGGGAAGAUCUGAGAUGUUGGCUCUGCAGCCCCCCUCCCUCUCUGAUGACACUGAGGAAUCCAACAGGAUCCUGUCUGGACCAGAACCAGAAGCUGAGGACCUGGACUGGGACGGGUACAGCGCUUCACUGGAGCACAGAGCAGCAGCUGAUCCGGAGAGCUCGCCGGCUUUUCAGCAUCCCUGCGAGCUGGAGCGGCAGCUGUCCGGCCUCUCCGACCGCCUGGAGGAGGAGGAGGCCUGCUCCGCCCAGCUGGCCCUGCACCGGGACCGGCUGGAGGCCGAGUGCUGCAGCCUGAGGACGCGGCUGGAGACCGCUCUGACGGCGGCUGAGCGGGACAAGCAGCAGUCGGACGGUGAGGUGAGGAGGCUGACGGAGCAGCUUCUCCAGAGGAACCAGGCCGUGCAGAAGCUGCAGAGGGAGAAGGAGCAUCUGGCCGAGCUCAGCCAGCAGGCCAUCGAGGACCUACAGAUGGAGGAGGAGAAGGUGAACCAGCUGGCCCAAGAGAGGACGAAGCUGCAGAUGCAGGCUGAAGAUUUGGAGAACGAGCUGCAGAAGAGCAGGAAGAGGCUGGAGAGUGACAGCAGGUCCACUCUGGAGGGACCCAUAAACCCUGAGAGGAUGAGGAACGGGCUGGAGGAGCUCAUCAAAAGGAAGGACUUGGAGAUCAGCAGCACCAGCAGCAGGCUGGAGGCCGAGGAGACUCUAAACAUCAGACUGCAGAGGAAGAGCAAGGAGCUCCAGGUCCGCAUCGAGGAGCUGGAGGAGGAGCUGGAAACCGAGCGCGCCAUGAGAGCCAAGGUGGAGAAGCAGAGAGCGGAUCUGAGCAGAGAGCUGGAGGAUCUGUCAGACCGUCUGGAGGAAGCAGGCGGCAUCAGCGCUUCACAGAUGGAGGUGAACAAGAAGAGAGAAGCAGAGCUCCAGCGUCUGAGACGGGACCUGGAGGAGUCCUGCGUUCAGUCUGAAGCUGUGGCGGCGUCUCUGAGGAAGCGCCACGGCGAGGUGGUGGCAGAGCUCAGCGAGCAGUGCGAGGCCCUGCAGAGGACCAGAGCCAAGCUGGAGAAGGAGAAGCAGAACCUGAGGAUGGAGGUCGAUGACCUCGGCGCGUCGCUGGAAAGCCUGCAAAAAGGGAAGAUGUCGUCUGAGAGUCACGUGAAGAAGCUGGAGGAGCAGCUGACUGAGGCAAACAGGAGAGGAGACGACCUGCAGAGAACUCUGACGGAGCUUAACGUGGCCAAGAGCAGACUCACAGCUGAUAACUCAGAGGCCAGUCGACAGAUGGAGGAGGCGGAGAGCAAAGUGAGCCAGCUGAGCCGCACCAAGAUGCUGCUCCAGGCCCAGGUGGAGGAGCUGAAGAAGCAGCUGGAGGAGGAGCUGAAGUCUAAGCAGGCUGUCAGCGGCGCCUUGAGUUCCCUGCGGCAGGAGUGUGAGGGGCUGAAGGAGCAGCUGGAGGAGGAGCAGGAGAGCAAGCAGGAGAUGCAGCGCCUCGUUUCCAAACUCAACAAUGAGGUGACGCACUGGAGGAGCAAACAUGAGGCUGACGUGAUUCAGCAUGCCGAUGAGCUGGAGGAAACCAGAAAGAAGCUGGCAGCCAGGCUUCAGGAGGCAGAGGAGGCUGUGGAGGCCACCCAAGCCAAAUGCUCCUCACUGGAAAAAACCAAGCACAGACUGCAGGGAGAGGUGGAGGAGCUGUGCAUGGACCUGGACAAGGCCAAUAGCUGCGGUCAGGCUUUAGAUAAGAAGCAGCGCAUCCUGGAGAAGCAGCUGGGAGACUGGAAGCAGAACUGUGAGGAGCUGGUGGUGGAGGUGGAAAGCUGCCAGAAGGAGAGCCGGCAGCACGCCAGCGAGCUCUUCAAGCUCAAGACCACUCAUGAGGAGCUCCUGGAGCAGCUGGAGGCUCUGCGCAGGGAGAACAAGGCUUACCAAGAGGAGAUCACUGACCUGACAGACCAGCUGUCUGAUGGAGGGAAGAGCGUCCACGAGCUGCAGAAAGCAAGAAAGAAGAUUGAGAUGGAGAAGGAGGAGCUGCAGGCGUCGCUGGAGGAGUCGGAGGCAGCUUUGGAGGCGGAGGAGACCAAAGUUCUGAGGCUGCAGCUGGAGCUGUCCCAGACCAGAGGAGAGCUGGAGCGCAGACUUCAGGAGAAGGAGGAAGAGAUCGACACUGCGAGGAAAAGCCACCAGAGGGUGCUGGAGACCCUGCAGGCCAGUCUGGACGUGGAGGUGAAGGGACGGGCGGAGGGCCUGAAGCUGAAGAAGAAGCUGGAGGCCGACCUGGCGGAGCUGGAGCUGCAGGCGGACCUGCUCACCAAGAGCAACGCCGAGCUCAGCAAAAGCCAGAAGAAGCUGCAGCAGCAGAUGAAGGAGCUUCAGGCUCAGCUGGAGGAGGAGGUGCGGAGCCACGAGGUGAGCAGGGAGGAGCAGGCGGCUCUGGAGCGGCGCUGUGCAGUGCUGCUCAGUGAUGGGGAGGGCUCCCGCACCGCCCUGGAGAGCUCAGAGAGGGCCCGCAAGGUCCUGGAGGUGGAGCUGCAGGAGGUCAGCGAGAAGUACAGUGACCUGAACAACCAGCUCCAGUCGGCUCUGAGUGGGAGGAGGAAGCUGGAGGUGGACCUCCAGACUCUGCAGCAGGAGCAUGAGGAGCUGCAGGCGGCGCUGAGAGGGAGCGUGGAGAAAGCCAAGAAGGCUGGCGUUGAGCUGGCACGAGUCGGAGAGGAGCUUCGUCUGGAGCAGGAGCACGCGCUCCUUCUGGAGAGGGCCAAGAAAGGUCUGGAAGGCCAGAUCAAGGACAUGAGCGGGAGGCUGGAGGAGGCGGAGCAGAUCGCUCUGAAGGGAGGGAAGAAGAUCAUCCAGAAGCUGGAAGGGAAGGUGAAGGACUUGGAGCUGGAGUUGGACUCGGAGCAGAAACGCCACGCCGAGACGGUGAAGACGCUGCGGAAAAACGAGCGGCGCCUGAAGGAGCUGCUGUUCCAGUCCGAGGAGGACCAGAAGAACCAGCAGCGGAUGCAGGAGUUGGUGGAGCGGCUGCAGAGCAAGAUGAAGGCCUACAAGAGACAAGUGGAGGAAGCUGAGGAGCAGGCCAACAUGAACCUGGCCAAGUACAGAAAGACGGUCCACGAGCUGGACGACGCGGAGGAACGGGCCGACAUCGCUGAGUCAGCGCUCACUAAGAUCAGGACCAAGAACAGAAGCAGCUUUGGGAAAGGCCACUCCUCUGGUUACAGCACGCCGUUCCCCGGCCUGGUGCGCUCCCCCAGCUCUGUGGGCUCAGAGGGCCGCGGCGAGAAGAUGCUGAACGACGACGGCGAGUCGGUCAGCUCGCUCAUCCCCGCGUACCUGAACUCCCUGAAGAAGCUGAUGAUCGAGGAUUGAUGAAGACUCUGCAGCCCUUUCCCUCCACAGCUGGACUUUAACUGCAGGAACUUCACGUUUCUCCUCUGUUUUGGUGUCGGAACUUUGCAUUAAACACAACUAACACUUCAUUUCACCCUCAGAAAUAUCAACUCUGUAGUUUUUGUAACACACGUGUGCGAGACUGGGAAACUUUCACUGACUUUUCUGCUGAAAAUUAAAGUUUUAUACAAAGAAAAGAGGUCAGAAUUCAACUUCCUUCAAAUCAAGAAGAAUUUAGUAAAACUACUUUCUAGUUUCACUUAAAAGAGAUAUCAACCUGAAACAGGCAUAGCAUUAUGGGAAAAACAUCUGUAACCCUGUAAUGCCCAAUAGAUCAAUGCUUUAACAUAAAAUAAAAAAAAAAAAAUGAAAUUCAAAUGUAUUUUUAAACCUGUUAGUAAAAUU